UAAAUUCCAACAAGCAUUAAUGGUUCGAAAAUAUUUUUAAAAAUACUCCAAAUUGAAUAUGACUCGAAUAAAGUUGGUAAGACACCAUUAUUCAAGGAUUUCGUAUGAACUUUUUAUUACACUUUAGUAUGAUUAUUUUACCUCCGUAAAACGCUUCUCAUAAUUUUUUGUACAAUAAUGUGAAAAAAAUUACUACUGAAAAUAUCGAAUAAUAGUUUUCAUGGUGUCCAUCAACCAUAUUUCAUACUCACCAAAAAGUUAUUGAUCAAAAAAACUCCGUGGAAACUCCAACAAAAAAGAACAAAAAUAUUUAAAUGUCUCGCUGCGGCGCGCAGCAGACGAGUUAAGGCGUCUUUCUGACAACACUGUGCCGCGUGGUGUUCCGUAGAUCAUAACCUACUUAUGUCAAUUUAGUACAGAGAAGUAGAAACUUAUUACUGUGUAAGAUAUCAAAGCCAAUUUCAUUAAAAUAUUUGUGACUUUUUUUAUGUGAAUUUCAUUCAAAAAUUAGUAUCGAUGAUAACAAGUUUGUGCAUUAUCAACCGAAACUUACACUCAUAAUUUCAAGACAAAUAUAUUUUUAAAAAUAAAAAAAAUGAAGGAGUCGAUACAAGCUAUUAUAGACAGUGUUAUUAUCGAACCAAAUAAAAUUCGACCCAUUAUUGUUCAUUUUCAAAAUGGUCAACUUAAAGAUGAAGCAGCAAAGAAAAUGAAAUGUCAAUUGUACAAUGAUGAGGAUAAACAGAAAGUAGUUUUGGCAAUAUCUAAUGGUCGAAUGUGUUAUAGAGGUUAUAGACCAAACCUUGAAAAAGAACCAGAUUAUACAAUGUUGGCAAUUCAUAAUAAAAAAACUGGAAAAGUUAGAUUAGUUCAAUCAGAACUCUGGGAUGUAGCUCCUGUGUUAGUCUCACAUACUGAAUAUAAUGAUGAUAAAAAUUUAAAUAAACAUGCUGAGUUCAAUAAAUUGUUUGGAUCUAAAAAAGCAAAAAGACGAACAGAACAGUAUGAAAAGAUGAAAUUCAAUAUUGAAGAUAUCAAAGAACAAUGGGAAAAAACUGUUCGAGAUAUUCCAAUUGCCAAAGAGGAUUUAAAAGAGAGAGCAAAAGAUGAUUUGAUUGUUGGAAUCAUUUUGCCACCUUGUAAUAAAGAAGCCAAGCAUGCGUCUGAAAUUUAUAAUAUUUAUGAUAUUGUUCCGAAGAAAAUUUUAAAAACUUUAUAUGUUGCAUCAGUUGAAAUUUCUGAAAGUGAUAUUGUAGACAAGCCAACAUUUUUUAUGAAAACUGUUGAAUAUGUUAAAACAGAUCCUAAAUCUGCAUCUAAAAUCGCAAUGUUGCUGUAUAUUGAAGCGAUAGCUAAUUGGUUAAAUAAACCUUUAAAAUCAGCAAAAUCUAAGAAUUUCAAUAUAUGUGAACAUUCCACCGAUGUAAGCUCUCAUGUUUUACAAAAUUACAGUAUGAAUAACGGACGAUCCAAGCCUUGUACUUUUAAAUAUAAAGGGUUGCUACAUUGUAUAAUACUAGGACUAAUAAUAUGGGAUUACAAAUUAGACAUGGAACAGUUUAAUACAAUGUUUACUAGAACAGCUACUAAAAAACUAAUUGAACUUGCUAGAUAUAUUCAUGCUGUACCCAUCGAAGAUGAUAAAAAGAGCGUGGUUCUUCAAAUAUCAAAAGAAAAGAAAUGAAUAUUAAUUUUCUUCAACCCAUGCUCGAAAGUACGUACUUUUCUCCUACAAAUGGUCCACCCGUUCCUGCACGGAGC